AUGCCAGCCGUCGCUGCGCGUUUCUCUGCGCGGCAGUGCCAGCGCUGCUACGCGAGCAGCGCCCUGCAGCCUAAGCAAAUUCGUCCGACGGUUCCUGGCGCGCCGAUGCAAUCACGACAGCCCGUCAUGCAGAAGAGAUGGAAAUACAAGACGGUCGAGGAAGCGAAGAGUCGGUACAGCACUGGGCCGUUCUCGUGGAAAGCCGGCUUGCUCUUUGUCGGUACAUGCGCUGGCCUGAUGUGGUAUUUUGAAUUCGAGAAGGAGCGCAUGCAAAGGCAGCGUAUCGCAGAGGCGUCCAAGGGCAUGGGUAGACCCAAGGUGGGCGGACCAUUCGAGCUUCUGGACCAGAAUGGCAAGACGUUCACCAGCGAGAUGAUGAAGGGCAAGCAUUCUUUGGUCUACUUUGGAUUCACACGCUGCCCCGAUAUCUGCCCCGAGGAGCUCGACAAGAUGGCCCGCAUGCUCGAUAUUGUCAAGGAGAAGGCGCCCGAGUCCAAUCUCUUGCCCAUCUUCAUCACCUGCGAUCCCGAGCGUGACGACCCCAAGGCUCUAAAAGCCUACCUCGACGAGUUCCACCCUGAUAUGGUCGGCCUGACUGGCACUUACGACCAGAUCAAGGAUUUGUGCAAGAAGUACCGCGUGUACUUUAGCACGCCUCAGAACGUCAAGCCCGGACAAGACUACCUCGUGGAUCACAGCAUUUACUUUUACUUGAUGGAUCCCGAAGGUGAUUUUGUUGAGGCGCUUGGAAGGCAGCACUCUCCUGAUGAGGGUGCCAGGAUGAUCCUUGACCACAUGAAGGACUGGAAGUCAUGA